AUGCUCAUUAUCAUUCUCAUCCUUAUCCUCACUAUCAUCCUCAUCAGUAUCAUCAUAGGAAAGUUCCUGGAGAAGCCAGUCUAUUCUGUUUGGAGUUCAUGGAAUAUGGAGUCUUGGGGAAAGAAAUUGAUUAAUGAGUAUCUGAAAAAGCAGAAAUUCAGCAGUAGUGACCAAAGAAAAGUAGCUGCAAAUGCCGCAAAGCUAGGAUGGGUUCUUACAAGCUACUUUACAGGUGGCUAUAACCAUGGUCUUGUACUGGCUCUAACUGCGUAUUUGCGGAGCCAACCUCAAUCUGCUGGCAUACUUACAAUUGAUCUUGCACGUAUAGUAAAAAACCAUUUUUGCAAUCAGGUUCAUGAGUCCUGCAGAAUGUCUUUAUCUGCAAACAGAAAAAGAACUGCAUCAAAAAGACAGCAGCAUGAUUUGUUACUUAUUUGCCAGCAUUUUAUGACUUACCUUAAAAACAAAGAAGUCAUUAAUACAGUCACAAAAAGAGACAAUUGUGCUUAUAUCCUUCAAAAGGCAGCAAUGUCUGAUGAUUAG